UAGCAAGCGAUGACUGAUAGCGAGUGAUGACCCAUGACAGGUGAUAAUUGAUAGCAAAUGAUGACUGAUAACAAGUGAUGACUGACAACAAGUGAUAACUGAUAACAAGUGAUAAGAAAUGAUAAGAACAUAAGAAAGGAGGAACACUGCAGCAGGCCUGUUGGCCCAUACUAGGCAGGUCCUUUACAAUUCAUCCCACUAACAAAACAUUUGCCCAACCCAAUUUUCAAUGCUACCCAAGAAAUGAGGUCUGAUGUGCAAGUCCCAUUCAAAUCCAACCCCUCCCACUCAUGUACUUAUCCAACCUAAAUUUGAAACUGAUAACUGAUAGCAAGUGAUAACUGAUAACAAGUGAUGACUGACAACAGGUGAUAACUGAUAACAAGUGAUAAGAAAUGAUAACUGAUAAUAAGUGAUGGCUGAUAACAAGUGAUGACUGAUAACAAGUGAUGACUUACUACAGUUGGAUCACAAGAGGGUUGAAUAAUGUCCGCUGUCCAUCUGUUAUAUACUGAUCAAUAUAUAUUAUCUCUAGUGUACGUGUAUUAUGGCAAGCGUACAUGUAACUUGUCUGGUACAUGUAAUAUAUCCACCGCACAUGCUUCAUGCCCCGUGAACAUGUACUGUGUAUUAUAUAUCGAAAAACCAAAUUGUCUUAGCCGUCAAGUAGUGACUUUAUUUAUUGCGCUUUUUAUGCCGGUGCUGUGUUUUGUUUCUUCCACAAACAACAGUGAAAGCUGCGAAUUAUUAAAAUGGCGUCGUGCGAAGUCUCCUUUUCCGUCGUGACGUCACAGUUUUCUCUGCAAGUAUAAAAGCGGCAGCGAGGACGUUUGAGCAGUAGUUCAUCUCCUCCAGACAUCAAAGGCAGACAUGAAGGUAUCCGUUGGCUGCCUGACCAGCGAAUUGGCUGAGAUUUAGCGACUUGCAUAAACAUAAUAAUUUAUUUUUACGAUCUUUACUCUGGCAUAUUCUGCAUCUUUAUGUCCAUAACUGGUGCCCGGACUCCAUGUCUGAUACUGCAAGCCUUCACUUAUUUUCAGUGGGUCAAUACCCUGGUGAUCUUGCCCAUAUCUGGUUCUCCAUCACUACGUAGAUCGAGGCUAGGUUAAACUGUUCUUGUAUACAACAGAAUCGUCAACUAAUGUCACUUUCACCAUCCUUCAAUACAAGUACUUCUAUUCUCUCCCUUCAGACAGUGGCUCUGGUACUCUCUGUGGCGGUGAUGGCGGCGGCCAGGGCGGCCCCUCAGGGCUAUGGCGUCCCAGGUGUUGGUGGGUCUGGAGGAUCCGGGGACCAGUAUGCCUCUGCCCCCGCCAACUACAACUUCCAGUGGGAAGUAAGCGAUUCUACUUCAGGCAAUGACUUCGGCCACGGAGAACAAGCAAACAACGGGGUCGUCCAGGGCAGGUACUACGUGAGGCUGCCAGACACUCGUCUCCAGAAUGUGGAGUACACCGCUGACGGCUCCGGCUACCACCCCGUCGUCACCUACGAAGGCCAGGCCCAGUUUGGCGGCGGAGGUGGAAAGGGAUCUGGUCAAGCUGGAGGCUACUACCCCUAGUCCGCAGCGGAGGUGCACAAGGAUGUUAUGGUUAAGCCGGAGGCUACUUCAUGCCUAGC